GUCUCAAAUUAUGCGAAGCGAUGUUGAAUUCUGCUUAAGAAGCGAUCGAAUCGAUCGGCGUCAACGUUCGAGAAUGGGGAAGCAGAUCUUCAUCCUGUCGGGGCAGAGCAACAUGUCUGGCCGAGGCGGCGUUCUCCACCGCCGCUGGGACGGCGUCGUGCCCCCGGCGUGCUGCCCCAAUCCCUCCGUCCUCCGUUUCGCCGCCGCAUCGCUGUGGGAAGAGGCCCGCGACCCUCUCCACGCCGACAUCGACGCCGCCAAGGUGUGUGGCGUCGGACCCGGAAUGGCCUUUGCCAAUGCCCUCCUCCCGCGCCUCCCGGCCGACGCCGUCAUCGGCCUGGUCCCCUGCGCCAUCGGCGGGACCCCUAUUAGGGAGUGGGAGCGCGGGUGUCAUCUCUACGAGAAGAUGGUGCGGAGAGCGCGGGAGGCAGCCGAGGGGAGCGGCGGCGGCGGAGGGGAGAUCAAGGCCGUGCUUUGGUACCAGGGGGAGAGUGACACGUCGUCGCGCGAUGCUGCUGAGGCGUACGGGGCGAAAAUGGAGAGCUUGAUUCGAGAUUUACGGUCGGAUCUCCAAUUGCCUUCUCUGCCCUUCAUCCAGGUUGCAAUUGCAUCAGGUGACAAACCCUACAUAGAUGUGGUAAGGGAGGCUCAGCUGCAACUUAAUCUGCCAAAUGUUGUGUGUGUGGAUGCCAUGGGCUUACCGUUGAAUUCUGAUCACUUGCAUCUGAGCACCGAAGCCCAAGUCUUGCUAGGCGAAAUGCUUGCGGAAACUUAUGUCAAACACUACCUGUCGUGAGUUGCCUCUUACAAGCUUGGAAAUGUGGUAGCCAUGUUGUAGCAACUAGAAUCAUUGUUGCUGGAACCUAAAUAUUUAUCUAUGUUAUGUCCCGGUAUUGUGAUUCAUAUUGCUAGGCGAAAUGCUUGUAGAAACUUAUGUCAAACACACCUGACAUGAGUUGCCUCUUACAGGCUUGGAAAUGUUGUAGCCAUGUUGUAAAUGUAAUAACUAGAAUUCUUGUUGCUGGAACCUAAAUAUUUAACUAUGUUAUGUCCUA